AUGGCCAAUGUGGUUUACAUCUUGGGUCCCCCAGGCCCCCCUGGCUCUCAUGGUUCCCUACGGAUGGACACCUUUCAAUUACACUCAGCUCCAACCUCCAAUGCAUUAUCGAUUAUUAGACCAGUCACUGGGUCCCUCUCAGGGAAGGUAAAUCUUCCCUGCUUCUUCUCCAUCAUCCCAACCUCAGCACCCGAGAUCAGUCCCAAUGGAACGGCUAUUUACAGCAGAGAUUACUUACGAAUUAAAUGGACCAAAAUAGAAGGAGAAGUUGAAUCCACAGUGCUGGUGGCACAAAAUGGAGUCAUCAAAAUAGGCUCCAGCUACAGGAACCGUGUAUCAGUGCCCAGUCACCCUGAGGAUGUGGGUGACGCCUCAUUGACAAUGGUCAAGCUGCUUGCCAGUGAUGCGGGAACUUAUCGGUGUGAGGUCAUGUAUGGAAUUGAGGACACCCACGAUACAGUAAACCUUGAUGUCAAUGGUGUCGUUUUUCACUACCGGGCAAGAACGAGCAGGUACACUUUGGACUACCAGAAGGCUGUCCAAGCUUGCCAAGACAUUGGAGCAACCAUUGCUACAUAUGACCAACUGAAAGCAGCCUAUGAAGACGGCUUUGAUCAAUGUGAUGCCGGUUGGAUUGCUGACCAGACAGUGAGAUACCCAAUUACAAAGCCAAGGAAGGGCUGCUUUGGCAACCUACGGACUAAACCUGGUGUCAGGUCAUAUGGGCCCAGGAAUCCCACGGACACCUAUGAUGUAUACUGCUACGUAGACAAACUUGAUGGUGAAGUGUACUAUGCUCCUGUGACCCAUAAAAUGACUUUUGAGGCCAGUGCAGAGUGUAAGAAGAUGAAUGCUCUCCUGGCAACCCCUGGCCAGCUUCAUGCUGCGUGGCGACAGGGUCUGGACAGAUGUGACUAUGGUUGGCUCUCCGAUGGCAGUGCACGACACCCUGUUGCAGAACCCAGAGUGCAGUGCGGGGGAGGUCUGCUCGGCGUCAGGACCAUGUACCGCUACAGAAACCAGACCGGCUUCCCAGAACCAACUAUGAAACUCGGAGCUUACUGUUUCAAAGGACUUUACUCAUGUACAGACAAUAUUUGUCUGAAUGGAGGAUCUUGCUACAAGAGUGGCAGCAUCUAUACAUGUAGCUGUGCUCCUGGUUAUAGUGGUGAUCGCUGUGAAACAGAUACAGAUGAAUGCCAAUCAAAUCCUUGCCGCAAUGGAGGUACAUGUGUCGAUGGGCUGGCUUGCUUCACAUGUGUGUGCCUCCCAAGCUACUCUGGGCUUUAUUGUGAGGAGGAUACAGAAAUAUGUGAAUAUGGCUGGCACAAGUUUCAGGGCCACUGCUACAAGUACUUCCCCCACAGAAGAAACUGGGACACAGCAGAGAGAGAGUGUCGCAUGCAGGGGGCUCAUCUCACCAGCAUCCUCUCCCACGAGGAGCAACAGCUUGUCAACCGUCUUGGACAGGACUACCAGUGGAUUGGCCUGACUGAUAAGAUGUUUGACAGUGACUUCCGCUGGACUGACGGCAGGCCAUUGCAAUAUGAAAACUGGAGGCCCAACCAGCCUGACAGCUUCUUCUCUUCUGGCGAGGAUUGUGUUGUGAUGAUAUGGCAUGAGGAUGGCCAGUGGAACGAUGUUCCUUGCAACUAUCACCUCACCUUCACUUGCAAAAAGGGCACAGUGGCCUGUAAGCAGCCCCCUCUGGUAGAGAAUGCACGUACCUUUGGUAAGAAGCGUGAGAGGUAUGAGAUCAACUCGCUGGUAAGGUACCAGUGCAGGACAGGCUUUAUUCAGAGGCAUGUCCCAACUAUCCGUUGUCGAGGGGAUGGACUAUGGGAUAGCCCUAAAAUCUCCUGCCUGAACCCAUCGAGCUAUCAGAGGACAUUUAUCAGAAGACAUCAACACAAUAGUCUCUACAGCAUUAAUAACUUCAAGAGAUGGCCGGACGAGGCCUACCGUGUUCAGAAUCAGCGCUACCGGGGAAGAAGAGACAGGACUGAACAUAAGCGGAAGAGACAGUAGAUGCCAUAUAUCUUGGCAAAGUUUUCCCGAGACGAGAACACAUGGCUGGUGCUUGUGUUGAAAGAGGAAAAGGAUUCCCCAAGAAGAAAAAGCACAAGAGAAAACUCAUCAAAGAAACCAAGAGGAUAACCUGCAGUUUUCUUGCGUUUUGAAUGACGAUGGAAUCUUAUGAAGUGCCUUUUAAAAAGAUGUUGAUACAAGACUAUUUUUUUUUUUAUCAAGGGGCACUGAUUUAUGACAAUGCCAAUGUGGAUAAAACACUUUCAGCUGGUCACUGGAAAAAGCAAAAAAUACAUUCAUCAUUUUUUUUAAACUGUGGACAUUUUUUCUUUGUCCUUAGCAAAUAAUCAAAUAAUAUAAUCAUGACUGUCUAAAACCUUGUACACACUGGUAUUUAAAAUCACCAUACGUUUUCCUUAUUCAUAGAAAAAAAGCUGUUGUGAAAUAAUAGCGCUUAUGUUAUGUAAAGGAAUUCAUUAUGUUUGUGCUGUUUUAAGCUGGACUUCAUUUCAAUAGCAUGCAUAGUCAUAUGUAUUGAAGUCUUCUUCAAAUGUUUAACUGUGCUUAUUUGAUUUCAAGAAAUCCAUGUUCACCGAACUGAAAUGGAGACAUCGGUGGCAGUGAUUCAUCAAAAAAGGACUCAUAGUUUAUAUACGUGGAAUAUUAUACAACAUAUGUACAGAACUGUAAACCUUUGUAAUUAAUUAACGGCUAGAGACCUUUUUGUGGUGGCAGCUUUCAAAGUAGCAAAUUACCACCGUUCAUUAGCUCCUCCCGUUAAUGGAUGUCAUUAAUGACUUGUACAGACACAUGUUUAUGGAUAGAUUUCUAUACA